UGGGGAAAAAAAAAAAACCACAUCCUCCAUUUAGACAACAGUGUUCCAUUCCAUCUUCCCCCUCCCCUUCUUAAUUAUUAUUCCUCUCGUAUCAAAAAGUCCUCUCUCUCUCUCUCUCUCUCUCUGUCUUCAAAAGCUUUUUCACCGUCUUAAAAUCACUCUCUCUCUCUCUCUCUCUUUCUCGGUCUCCCGGUAGACCCGGUCUAUCCAACUCUCUCUCUCUCUUAUUUAUCUAUCCAUUCCGAUUCCUUUUUGCAGCAAAUUUUCCUUUUCUCAUUUAUUGUUAUCUCUCUCUUUUGGCUCUCUUGUUUAGGGUUUUGAUUCAAUCAUUCUUAAUGAAAUAAAUAUGACGACUACUUCUGUGAAGAAGAACAUGUUACCUCCUGGUUUGGUUAACAAUCUGCAAGAAGUUCUCCUUAGCAGAAAAGGAGGAAACAACAACAAUGAACAACAAAAGGAUGAUUCUGCUGCUGAUUCUACUGAGCCAUCUACUUCUACUUGUAAUGAAGACGCUGCUGAUGGUAACGACAGCUCCAAGCCUGUCGUUUUGCUUACCAACGGGGAAGGGAUUGACUCCCUUGGCCUUGUUUAUCUCGUUCAAGCUUUGGUCCGUUUAGGCCUCUACAAUGUCCAUGUUUGCGCUCCUCAAUCGGACAAAUCUGUUUCGGGUCAUUCAGUAACUCUCCGAGAAACAAUUGCUGUUACUCCAGCCGAAAUUGAUGGCGCCACAGCUUAUGAAGUAUCAGGGACUACUGUGGAUUGCGUCUCCUUAGCCUUGUCUGGGGCACUAUUCUCAUGGUCAAAGCCUCUACUGGUAAUUAGUGGAAUUAAUCGGGGAUCAAGCUGUGGUCAUCACAUGUUUUACUCAGGUGUUGUGGCUGGCGCUAGAGAAGCAUUAAUUUGUGGUGUACCCUCUUUGUCAAUAUCACUGAACUGGAAGAGGGAAGAAAGCCAAGAAAGUGAUUUUAAGGAUGCAGUUGCUGUUUGUUUACCUUUAAUCAAUGCAGCCAUCAGAGAUAUUGAAAAGGGUGUUUUCCCUAAAAGUUGCUUUCUAAGUAUAGAAAUCCCUACUUCUCCUUCAGCAAACAAGGGUUUUAAAUUGACCAAGCAAAGUUUUUGGAGAUCUGCUCCAAGUUGGCAAGCUGUUUCAGCUAAUCGGCAUCCUUCUGCUGCACAUUUCAUGUCUAAUCAACAAAGCCUUGGUAUCCAACUUGCACAGCUUAGCCGAGAUGCAUCAGCUGCUGGUGCUGCUCGCCGCUUGACCACACAAAGGAAGAACGUGGAGAUAGAAUCUGUUGGGGCUGCUAAAUCUGAUACCAAGAAAGUGAAAAAGUACUUUCGAUUGGAGUUUGUUGAUAGAGAACAGGAAGAUACAGAUGAGGAUUUGGAUUUCAGGGCACUCGAUAGCGGAUUUGUUGCAGUAACUCCCCUAUCACUUUCUCCACAAAUGGAAUCAGACAUUCAAACGGCUGCAUCAGAUUGGAUCUCCAGUGCGCUUCAUGGGGAGCAAUAGAACCUUGGGUACCAACAUAAAAUCUUAAUCAGUCAUUUGUAUAAAGCCACAGGAGCGAUAUACAUUUAGUCAUCAAUUGAGAUCUGCUUUGUUAUGAUAUUUCUUUUUUCCCUCCUCUUUGUUAUGUAUUUCCCUUUCCAUUUUUUAUAAAGGGUUCUAAACACCAUCAGGUUUGGGGUUGUCUUGGUUUCCUCUAGGUCUUGAUACAAGGAAAUAGCCUUGGUCUGAAUGAUAUGACCAUGUGCUUUCCCCAAAUUAUUGUUGUUGUUUCUUUUUUCCUGACCACUUUUUUCAUUUUUUGUUCUUUGGAUUUGUAUGUAAUUUCUUCUUUGAUUUCUUAGAUGGUGUUCAUGAUUAUUAAUCAAUUUUUUCA